UCUGCUUUUGUUUUAGUACCCUCACUAGGUUUUCAGACAGAACCACAGUGAAACGUGUUUCUAUCACGUUCACUUAGCCUAUAAUUUAACAAUAACUCCACGCCUUUUUUCUUUCUCUUAUUAUUUAGUAUCCUUUUCCACUAAUUAUUAUUAGCAAGAUCCGAAACAAUGUGCCUGAUAAGUGGGCGGAAAAACAGCGCAAUAAUAUUUCCGGGUGUUUGAAGAGGGGGAACCCCGUGGUGUUUUUCUACCGUGGGUAUAUCACGAAAAAGUCAAAAGCAUUUGUUAUUAUGUCAUCAUAACCUGCUGCUGGGUACAGACACUUUAUCAAAAACCUCAAUGGCUUCUGGAUCAGCGGUUUCAGACCCGACGUUAAACGGGGUUUCGUCCACACCGGGUGAGAACGAGUACCCGUCGGGUUUCCCUCAGAGCAUCUGCGAUGAAGUCCCGAAGGAGAAGUACUUGUGUAGCAACUGUAAUAAUGUCUUGAAUAAAGCGCGUCAAACGGUGUGCGGUCACCGCUACUGCCUCGCGUGCGUCAACUGGCUGGUCAGAAACAACAAGGACCUUGUGUGCACAAAAUGUAAAGAAGAAGAUCCCAGUGUUGAGAAUGACACUAGUGUACUGACUCUUGACCAGUUCUUCAACGAUGCAGCUAUUAAUAAGGAAAUUUUGGAUCUGAAAGUUCACUGUGCCAACCAAGGCUGCCCCUGGAGAAGCACCCUGAAGAACUUUGAGGACCAUCAGAGUCAGUGUGAAUAUGCCCUGAUCCCUUGCAACAUUGGCUGUGGCUUAAUGGUGCAGAGGAAAUCACUGGCUACACAUCUGGAGGGAGGCUGUCCCAACAACAAGACCACAUGUCCCUCUUGUUCAGGUGUCCUGACACCGAGAGAACUCCAGAAGCAUGUUUGUCCCAGUUCAGGUGAUAAGAAGACGACGAAGACAGAUAAACGACAAAAGAAUAAUCACCCAGGCAGCUCAAAAAAGAAGGAGCCAUGCAUUUUCUCGGACAUUGGUUGUCCUUUUAAGGGCAAUGCAGACAAAGUAAAAGAACAUGAAUCCUGCAGCCAUGUUGGCCAUCUACAGCUUCUCUUGGAUGUGACCAGAGCUCUUCAGCGUACCUUGAAUUAUUCAGCUGAGCGAAGCCACCAUGAAAGCCCUGAUCUUCUUCAGCCUGGACAGUGUGGUGCGUCCCACAUUGAGGGUGAGAUUGAGACCGACGUAGGGGAUCCAGGAGUGAGUGAUAAGGCCCUCAGUCUCCACGAUGAUCAGGCUGAACUUGCUGUAGGCCAGCAACUGGACGCUCUACAGCAGAGAGUGCAGGUUAUGGAGAACAUCAUCUCAGCUUUGAACCGAGAGGUGGAGAAGACGCAGAUCAGUGUGGUUGUGCUGGAGAGGGACAAUUACAACAGUCAGCAUCUCAUUCAGCACUUGGAAACCAAGGUAGCGGAACAGCUGCAGAGACUGGUCAGGAAAGACAUUCACAUCACUUCAUUGCAGCAGUGUAUCAGCGCCCAGCAGGACAUCUCAUAUGAUGGCACCUUUCUCUGGCGGUUGUGUGAUGUCAGCCAGAAACUGAUAGAGGCUGCCAGCGGCCAAAAGAUCAGUCAGUACUCGCCAGCUUUCUACACCGCCAGGUAUGGAUUUAAAGUGUGCUUGCGACUCUACUUGAACGGAGAUGGGGUUGGAAAGGGAACGCACAUCUCUCUUUUCUUUGUUAUAAUGAAAGGAGAAUACGACCCCAUUCUUUCAUGGCCAUUCAGACACAAGGUCACGUUCUUUCUCAUAGAUCAGAACCAGAGGGAGCACGUCAUCGACGCUUUCCGUCCCGACCUCUCCUCUGCAUCUUUCCACCGCCCCGUCUCAGAGAUGAAUGUGGCCAGCGGGUGCCCCCUGUUCUUCCCUCUGGGGAAAUUGAAGUCGCCUAAGCAUGCCUAUUGCAAGGAUGACACCAUCUAUAUCAAGUGCGUGGUGGACAUCUCCUCCUGAAGCAUGAAGGCCUGGCUGUUAAAGAGGACUGGAUUCCUAAGGGAGCAUAACAAUUCUGGAUCCGGACAAAAUGAAUAUGGAGAGCAGAGAAACAAACCCAGAAAUAUUUAUGAACUGAAAAGUUGAAGAGUUUUGUCUCGGUUGCAUUUUGGUUCUUUGGGUACAUGAAUAAAAGAAUAUUUUUAGAUUGACACCUGGCUCUUAAUGUUUAAAACAUUGAUUCUUUCUUGUGUUAUUUUGCAUGUAUUGCUGUUUUAUUUAUUAUGGAAUGAACUCUUCUGGAUUUUGAACAUCAUUCUGACAGUUUUUA